GAUAUACUAGUGUGGAUCGCGUGGAUAAAAUACAUCUCGUGGUUCUAUUAUGGUAACGAAGCGCUAAUAAUAAACCAAUGGCGCGAUAUUCAGCACAUCGACUGCGAGCAUGAAGUGUCAGGUGUGGGAAAGUCCACAUUCAUUAACGCAAUCGUAAACUAUUUGUCUUUCGAGAGUAUGGAUGCGGCGAACGAACGGCCCAUAUGUUUAAUACCUGUCAGCUUCACCACUGGAGACCCGCAGACAGCGAGUCGUUUCGAUAUCUCGUGGCAUCGAUCUGUGGAGGAAUGUCAGCGUCUAUUCAAUUACAUAAAACAACUGCCGGCACACAAAGUAAUGGACACCCUAUCACUUAAUAACGCCAAACAAAUCAUACAAUUAUUAACCAAACCGUUGGCCGACAUCACGAAGAAUAUUGCGGAUAACAUAAAUCAAUGCGAAUUACAUAGACUUCAAAUCAGAGGGUUUUCGGGAACUAUUGACGAGUUGUCCAAAAAGUUAUACAUUCCUUCAGUAGAGAUAAUAUCCGUACCAUUAGAUCGACCCAAGACUGUGUGCGGCGCCGACCAGUGCUGCGAACGUAAAACAAUUAAUGAUAUAACCGAGGUUACUUACACCACGGAUUGCCAUUCACCUUGCUACUUGGACUAUAGCCAUGGUAAUAUUGUGGGCAACAUAGGUUUACUCAGUUACGAACAGCACCUGCAUGUGCUGUACGACACGUGCUCUAAAAUGACCAAGGUGACCGACCAGGCCGUGGACUCGCGGAUCAUAUCGGUACGACUGGUGGCCGACCUAAAGGAGCAACAAAUACUACUUCUAGACCAACGGAUGGCCGAAUUGAUCGCUGAAAACAAUAUAAUUGUAAAAUCUAUGUCAAUGUUUGCCUGUUUUCUGGCCAAUAAUGCGUUGACGCCUAUAAACGACGCGUUCGAGGACUACGUUCGGCACCUGAUAUCUAAUGAGAAGCACGUGAUCGCCGGCGCUGACACCGAGGGCUCAGUCGUACGACUCGAACAGUUGUUACAGCUCUAUAGGGAUGAGAAAAAGUUGAUUAAUAAUGUGAUUCACGGGCCAAGCGGUAGAGGUGUCGCCCUGGGCUCCAAUAUUACCUUGAAACAAAUAGACGAUUUAGUCGAUAAACUGUGCAAGCUCAAACAUAAGGGCCCAUACAUUAGCGAUACGUUGAAACUUCAUCGGCAGGUGAUAUCUGAUCAUCAUUUUAUUCAAAAUGAGUACAGAAUCGCCGGUCCAUCGCAUCCAUUGGUGACACUUGUAUUACAGUAUUAUCCCAAUGGAAAAGUGAGUCAGAUACUCGGUGCAGUGAAGGAACGGAGUGUGUAA